GCCCUUUCAGUGCAGCAGCAAAACUUGAAUGAAGAAGUAGCAGCAGCAGAAGCACCAAGGAAGACACAGGAAGAGCAGCACCAGCUGACGGAACAUUUGCUGCUGCUGCUGCAGCAGCAAGCUGAACGCACGGCGCAGCAGCAGCAAGAGCAGCAGCAGCAGCUCGAGAAACUAGAAGCGCAAACACAAUCUCUGCAGCAGCAGCUGCAGCAGCAGCAGCAAAAGCUGCAGCAGCAACGCAGAGUGUCUGAAGAGCUUUUGCCGCAGCAGCGCGAUUUGGACUUCGCGAACAGCAGCGAACAGUUAAAUGAAACUCAAAAAGAAAUAAAAGAAGCAGCAGCAAUGCAAAAGGAAACAAAAGAAGCUUUGUUGCAGUGGAAAGCAGCUUUGGAAAGAGCCAAGUUGGACUACAAGAGAGGGACUGUUCAACGAGACAUCACAGCAGCGCUGUUGCCUCCCUUCGUGGCUCGCAAGGCGGAGCUCGCGCUGCAGCGAAAAGCGCUGCUGGAGGAAAGCGCCAAGAGAGCGAAAGAGAGCAAGCGGCGCAGCGAGCUGCAGGGAGACUCUGCUUUGCUGCUGCAGCAAAUAGCUAGCUGGGCUAGCUUGCGCAGCAGCAUGGCUAGCCAGCGGCAGCAAGCAGCACAAAGUGUUGCAGAAGCAGAAAAGAUCUACAAAGACCUCCAGGAACAAAUCCAACUCAAAAGCGCGGAGGGUUCUUUGGCAGCCGCGCGUCUGUCGAGUUUGCUGCAGCAGCAGCAGCAGCAAGAAGCAAAAAUAAAAGAGACGCAGCAGCAAACCACAAGACUCUCGCUUUUGCUGCAGGCAGCAAAUCAAACCCUUUUGGAACUUCUCAAAAGACAGUCCAUUUUGGCCAACGAAGUCUGUACGUACACCCGAGAGGCCCGCGAAAAGAAAAACAAAACUCUUCAGCAAACAACACACAUAGUGCAGCAGCAACAGCAGCAGCAGCAGCAACAGCAACAGCAGCAGCAGCAGCAACAGCAACAGCAGCAAAUUGUGUGUGCAUGUGCACAGAGCUCGCCGAGAGGCGGGGGCUGCAAGCCACUCAGGAGGCAGAGGCCGCCGGAGCCGCCUGUGGAAGAGCUGCAGGCGAAAGCUGAAGAACUUCAAAAUCGACUGGGAAGUCAAAAGAGGAAAUUGAUGGAAUUGGAUUUGAAGUUUGAAGAAUUAAAUGAAGGAAAUGAGCUGCUGCUGCAGAAGACAGGCUCAAACAAGUUGGUUGCUGCUGAUUUGCUGCUGCAGCUGAAUCUGCUGCAGCAGCGGCUGCAGCAGAUCAGCAGCAAACGCCGCUGCCUCCAGGCAGAGACAAAUGUCUACAAGGCAAGCAAGCGAGCAGCAGCAGCAGCAGCAGCAGCAGCAGCAACAGCAGCAGCAGCAGCAACAGCAGCAGCAGCAGCAACAGCAGCAGCAGCAGCAGCAGCAGUUUUUUUGUUUUGA